CGUAAUCGGGUUCCAGGCGCCGGUGUCGUCGUGCGCGUGCCGCCAUUCCCAGAGACCAGCUGUCCCUUGGCCGGGCAGGAGACGCCGCUCGCGCGAGUGGCCGCGGAGCAUGGAAGCGGAAAACGCGGGCAGCUAUUCCCUGGUAAAGUUCAAGCAUUUUAUUCAUUUCCAUUUCAACAAAUGAUGACUGAAGCUCCUGAUGUGGCAGUCAUGAAGGAACAGUAGAUGCCAGGCGAAGUUCCAGCCCCAGAGCCUGCUCAGGAACCAGUACAAGAGGCUCCAAAAGGAAGGAAAAGAAAAGCCAGAACAACUGAACCAAAAAAACCAGAGGAACCCAAAAAACCUGCUGAGUCCAAGAAGUCUGGCAAGUCCCCAAAAUCAAAAGAAAAGCAAGAAAAGAUUACAGAUGCGUUUAAAGUAAAAAGAAAAGUGGACCGUUUUAAUGGGGUUUCCGAAGCUGAACUUUUGACCAAGACUCUCCCUGAUAUUUUGACCUUCAAUCUGGACAUUGUGAUUAUUGGCAUCAACCCAGGACUAAUGGCUGCUUACAAAGGGCAUCAUUAUCCUGGACCUGGGAACCAUUUUUGGAAGUGUCUGUUUAUGUCAGGGCUGAGUGAGGUGCAGCUCAAUCACAUGGAUGAUCACACUUUACCAGGGAAGUAUGGUAUUGGAUUUACCAACAUGGUAGAAUGGACGACGCCAAGCAGCAAGGAUCUUUCCAGUAAAGAAUUUCGUGAAGGAGGACGUAUUCUAGUACAGAAAUUACAGAAAUAUCAGCCAUGAAUAGCGGUGUUUAAUGGAAAAUGUAUUUAUGAAAUUUUUAGUAAAGAAGUUUUUGGAGUAAAGGUUAAGAACUUGGAAUUUGGGCUUCAACCCCAUAAGAUCCCAGAUACAGAAACUCUCUGCUAUGUUAUGCCAUCGUCCAGUGCAAGGUGUGCUCAGUUUCCUCCAGCCCAGGACAAAGUCCAUUACUAUAUUAAGCUAAAGGAUUUAAGAGACCAGUUGAAAGGCAUUGAACGGAACGCAGACGUUCAGGAGGUGCAGUACAUGUUUGAUCUACAGAUUGCCCAAGAGGAUGCAAAGAAGAUGGCAGUUAAGGAAGAAAAAUAUGACCCAGGCUAUGAAGCAGCGUAUGGAGGUCCUUACGCUGAGCAUCUGGGCAACAGUGAGCCAUGCAACUUCUCUGAGGACAGGCUAACAGCUGACAGUGCAGAGUUAAGAGGAGAAUCAGCAUUCAGUGACAUUCCAAAUGGGCAGUGGAUGACCCAGUCGUUUACAGACCAGAUUCCUUCCUUUAAUAAUCACUGUGGAAAACUGGAGCAGGGGGAAGGGAACCCUGCUUAAGAGUGGUGAUUCUGGGCUCUGCCUACGUGCUGCAGUUUAAUGCAGUUGUCAAGAAGUCAAACCUCGGUUUGCUAGCCGAGAUAUUUUCUCAGUACUUUACUUUAGUGUGUAAUUAUAGUACAGAACAGUUGUGUGGUAGAAUCAACUGUAUGAACCUAAGUAGUUUGGAAAAAGUAGGGGUUUUGUAUGAGUUUUUGUAUGUGAAUUAACCAUCAUUCCAGCUUUUUAUAUACUUUAUUUCAUUUAUGAAGAAAUCAGUUUUCUUCUAGAAGUUGCUUUUGAUCUGCAAUUUUAAAAUGCAACUGUCAAAUAUGUGUAUUUUAUUCUUAACUGUGCAAGACCUUGGCAUGCCAUUCUCCCUUGAUGCCUAAGAAGGGCAUCCUAAUAAUGAGUUACCACUGGUAUAGAGGCAGCUGCAUUGCUUUUCACACAGGAAGCUAGUGCUCAGGGGAGCCCUAUUUGCUGGAUUUUGGUGUAACAAAGGCUGGACUCGGAGCUCCCCAAGUUGUGUGCACACUCAGACCUCAUUCCCUCGCCAAUGGUAAGUGUGUGGGAAAGUUGCUUUGUGGGAGAACAGCAUGACCACACAGUAGCAGGGCUGACCUGGCCUGACCUGACAGGCAUUGAGCCCUGCCUUUGGCCGCCUCAACUCCUGUGUUUAUCUCCUGGUGGGCAGACCUGUUCUGCUGAGCUGGGAGGUUCCAGAGAAUGCAGUAGGCCUUUUAUAUUUUGUCAUUCAUCUACAUUUUACUUGAGAGGCAGAAAUUUGAUAGGGCAGGAACUAAAUUUUUCUGUCAGUAUUUAUGACCUUUCUAAUUUUAUCCUCCUUGGUUUUAAGGGUAUAACAUAGAAAUGUUAUAAGAAAUGAAGUUUCAGGCUGAGCAACAGGAUGCUAGAGGUGUUGGAUAACCCUAUUUAAACUGGU